UCGAGGAGAACGGGUGCAGCAAAGAACGUUGUUACUUUAGACGAUGAAACAAACAAACGAUACAGUAUAAGUAAUCUCUCUGAGUUAGCUCCAGAAUGUGAAGUUAUUGACGUCCUCUGGGGGACAGUGACGUCAGCCAAAACGACAGGGUAGAAGACACGAUGAAGAACAGAAGUGGAAGAAGAGCUAGAAAGAAAAGAAGGAAAAAACGAGGAGAGGCAAGAACUGUGACACUGUCUCAUAAAGCAUCUUUCAUCGACUUGAGGAGAUGGCUCCGACAAAAAGGAUUCCGUUCUAAGAGCUUGAUUCCAGCCAGCUUUACAGAUACAGGAAGAGGGCUGAUGGCUACACAACACAUUAAGGCUAAUGACUUGAUGAUCUCGUUACCAGAGAGGUGUUUGCUGACUACAAGCUCAGUUCUGAAGAGUUACAUGGGGGAAUAUAUAAAGAGGUGGAAGCCGCCAGUAUCUCCUCUCAUCGCACUUUGUUCUUUCCUUAUUGCUGAAAAAUACUAUGGAGACACGGCAGAAUGGAGCCCUUACAUUAAAGUCCUUCCCAAAUCCUACACAUGCCCGGUUUACUUCUCAAGUGACAUCAUGGACCUCUUGCCGCCAGAUGUUCGGAGAAAGGCGAUUAUACAAAAAGAACACUUUGAGGAGCUUUAUUCGUCUUCGCUGCCGUUCUUCUCGUCCCUUCAGCCCAUUUUUACUCAGCCUGUGGAGGAAGUGUUCAGUCAGGAUGCAGUCCGAUGGGCAUGGUGCAGUGUCAAUACCCGUACGGUGUAUAUGGAGCAUGCCCAGAGCGAUUUCCUCUCACGGGAGAAGGAUGUCUUCGCGCUGGCACCUUAUCUGGACUUGCUAAACCAUUGUCCUGAAGUCCAGGUUCAUGCAGGGUUCAAUGAGCUGUCCCGUUGCUAUGAGAUCAGAAGUGUUCGCGGCUGUAAAAAAUUCCAGCAAGCCUUCAUCUGCUACGGUCCCCAUGACAACCAGCGGCUCCUUUUGGAAUAUGGUUUUGUCGCCUCCGGUAAUCAGCACAGCGUGGUGUACGUCGACUUAGGUAUUCUGAAGUUGUGUUUUAGUGAAGCAGAUGGACAGCUACAGCAGAAACUUCUCUUUCUGAAGGACAAUGACUUUCUAAGAAAUCUGACGUUUGGUGUCGACGGGCCGUCCUGGAGGCUAAUGACAGCACUAAGGCUACUGUCCCUAAAACCAGAACAAUACUCCUGUUGGAAAAGUGUCCUCCUGGGGGCAUCAGUGAGCCAGGACAGAGAGGACUGGUGCAAUCUCAAGGCCCACAUGCUAUGCCAGCAUCUCUGGGAUGACAAUUGCACCGCACUAGCGAGGAUAGCUCGGCUCAGAGACGGUGCUGACGGGACACGGCUGGAGCAGCUCGGCGUCGUCGAGAGUCUGAGGCGAGAGGAACGAGCCAUUCUAGAACAGUCCGAACAAGUUCUCCGAAACAUUUUGCCUCAGUCAUCGCCAUGGCAACCGAGCAGGAUUUAGAACAUGGAACAUUAAAAGAGCCAGAGGAUAUUGUCACUUCUUGUGUUCCCGCCAACACCCGGAGCACCGAGCCAAGUCUGAGCAAAGGGAACUUUGACAUUUCUUAUUGGUGGGAGGGAAAAAAAAACAGUCACUAUGGUAGCUUUGGAGUUUAGUCCAUCUGUUUGUUUUUUUUUUAAAAAAAAGGCAGUUAUUCCGUGUUUCUUCAUCAUCUUUGACACAUUGUCGUCUGGAAUGGACAUGAAGAGCAAGGCUCUGGCGAUCACUGGGCGAGCAGGGCCAACCCUUUCUGGUGCUUUUUAAAAUGUAAAGAUUUUUUGAACAUUAACAUGUAUUUUCAUGCACGUCAGAUUAUUUACACCUAACAAAUGUGACGCGUCAUAUCAAGUCUGGUAUGAUGUAGCACAGAUUGGUUUUGUGCUAUGGCCAAUAUGGUGCAGACAGUGAAAUCUUCAUUUUUAUUAUCAAAAAUCAGUUGAUAUAGAAUCGAGAAGGAAAAUCAGAAAAACAUUGUUUUAAAGCACUUUAAUGAACACUAUUUAAGCUGGUUGAGGUCAAGCUGGUAACCAGACCUCGUAAGUAACUAAAAAAAGAUUAUAAAUCACCCGAAGUCCUGGAUGGCAACAU